AUGACUAGUAAGAUUCUCAUGAUUCUGCUUCUUCUUGGUGCAUUUGCUUGCACCAUCACUAGUGCUAGGAAGCUUGUCUUGGAAAAGGGUACUAUUACUAAUGCAGGUGAGUUGGACAAGGCAUUCUACCACCACUUUCCUGGCUACAAAGGCGGGCUAGGCGGCGGCAGCGGCUGGUUCAGAGGUGGUCCUGGCACCGGCUUGGGUGGCGGUGGAGCUGCUUAUGGCCGUGGAUCGGGCGGGUUUGGUAGGGGUGCUGGUGCUGGAUCUGGUUCGGCUGGGGCUGCAAAUGGUGGUGGGCUUGGGUCAGGCCUUGAAGGUGGUGGUGGUGGUGGUGUGCCUGGUGGAAGCUUAAAACCUGGACUCACUACUGCACUGCCUUGA